AUGCCUACUGCUUUACUGAACGCCUACAGCGUGCAGGACAUUGCACCAGAGCCCGCCUGCAGAGACACUGCUCCUUGCUCGUGCUCCUUGUUCCUUCUGCUCUUGUCACGUGCUCCUUGCUCCUUCUGCUUCUGGCACCUGCUCCUGGCUCCUUCUGCUCCUUUCAAGUGGUCCUUCUGUUCCCUGAAAGUCCUCCUUGCUCCUUCUGGUCCUUGCAAGUGCUCCUUCUGCUUCUUGCAAGUGCUCCUUCUGUUCCCUGCAAGUGUUCCUUGCUCCUUCUGCUCCUUUCACGUGGUCCUUCUGUUCCCUGAAAGUCCUCCUUGCUCCUUCAGCUCCUUGCAAGUGCUCCUUCUGCUCCCUGCAAGUGCUCCUUGCUCCUUCUGCUCCUCUCAAAUGCUCCGGGUGGUUGGUUUAGCUGUGGUCGUUGGGCUGCUGCUGAGGCUGGUGCUGCGUGGGGCAGAUACUUCCUGCUCGUCCUCCGCCGCGUCCACGUGUCGCCGUCGGGCUCCGGGCCCCGCCCCCUUUUCCGAGGGAAGGAUCCGGCCAGCACCCCGGGACCAAGGUGGGGGGCCUCACCUCCCCCUGCCCCCCGGGCACAAAGAUGCCACACUCGGCCUGUCACUCGCCCCUCUCCGCCAGCAAGAGAAUCGCGUGAACAUCCCGGGGGUCAGCGAAGGAAGCCUGGCGGAGCGGCAGCCAUGGACCCGGAGGAGUCCCCCCCCGCCCACCGGGAGCGGUCCGUGGCUCCCCCCGCCCUUCGACCUGAACCUCUCGGCCGGGGCGGCCCCCUCCACCGCGGUCAACGCCUCGGCCAACGCGACGGACCCGGUGUUCGACUCGACCAGCAACGCGGUCCUCACCUUCAUCUAUUUCGUGGUUUGCGUGGUGGGGCUGUGCGGGAACACGCUCGUCAUCUACGUCAUCCUCCGCUACGCCAAGAUGAAGACCAUCACCAACAUCUACAUCCUCAACCUGGCCAUCGCCGAUGAGCUCUUCAUGCUGGGCCUGCCCUUCUUGGCCGUGCAGGUGGCCCUGGUCCACUGGCCCUUCGGGAAGGCCAUCUGCCGGGUGGUCAUGACGGUGGAUGGCAUCAACCAGUUCACCAGCAUCUUCUGCUUGACCGUGAUGAGCGUGGACCGCUACCUGGCCGUGGUCCACCCCAUCAAGUCGGCCAAGUGGAGGCGGCCCCGGACGGCCAAGAUGAUCAACGUGGCCGUGUGGGGGGUCUCCCUGCUGGUCAUCCUGCCCAUCAUGAUCUACGCCGGCGUCCGGGGCAACCACGGCCGCAGCAGCUGCACCAUCAACUGGCCGGGGGAGUCGGGGGCCUGGUACACGGGCUUCAUCAUCUACACCUUCAUCUUGGGCUUCCUGGUGCCCCUGUCCAUCAUCUGCAUCUGCUACCUGUUCAUCAUCGUCAAGGUCAAGUCCUCCGGCCUCCGCGUGGGCUCCUCCAAGAGGAAGAAGUCCGAGAAGAAGGUCACCCGGAUGGUGUCCAUCGUCGUGACCGUCUUCAUCUUCUGUUGGCUCCCCUUCUACAUCUUCAACGUGUCCUCGGUCUCGGUCGCCAUCAGCCCCACCCCGGCCCUCAAAGGCAUGUUUGAUUUCGUGGUGGUCCUCACCUACGCCAACAGCUGUGCCAACCCCAUCCUGUAUGCCUUCCUGUCGGACAACUUCAAGAAGAGCUUCCAGAAUGUGCUCUGCCUGGUCAAGGUGAGCGGCGCGGAUGACCGAGAGCGGAGCGACAGCAAGCAGGAUAAGUCACGUCUCAACGAGACCACGGAAACCCAGAGGACUCUUCUCAACGGAGACCUCCAGACCAGCAUCUGAGUCACCCAGGAAGCCACCUCC